GGUGGUGAAGCUCCUCACUGCUCCCACAGCUGACCGCUGGAGCAGCUCCUCCUCAGAGGAUGAGGGGUAUUAUACGGGCUGCAGACUGGCCUGGGACGUGUGAGCGGCUCCUGUGCUGGAAGCUUCUUAGCGCUGUCCGUACCAAGUGAGCCGACCAGAUGGAGCUUUAUUUUUGAGUGUAACCAUGAUCCCUAUAUCCUCUGCUGCAGCAGCUAACCCUGUUUUAAGCUAAGACACUUUGCUCCUGACGCUUCAGGUUUGCCUGCAUGAGACCAGCAGGUGACCUACCGUCCUGCAUACACACCGGAUUACCUGUGUUUACAGCGUGUCACUGCCAGCCGCGGAAGCACAUUCACCAACACUUCCAGAUGGAACACAGUGACACCAAUUUAGAUCCCUCAUGGACUCCUUCUGGAACUCUUGCAGGAGUCCAAACCCAUUGGCAUUUGAAUAUUCACGUUUGCCAUAUGGUGAAAAAUACUAGGGAUGACUGAUGUCAGGCUUGAGUUACUAAUACUCACAGAACGGCCACCCAUACCACUUUACAGCAGCCGGCACUUUUUCAUCGUCAGUUGCUGACAAUUUUAUACAGUUGGUGUCUUUACUCCAGUGAAGCUUGUGACCGUCACCCAUGUACAAGAAAAACAUUCUGAGGAAUGUUGUUGAAGCAAACAUGCGUAUGGGGGAAAAAAUAGCUCAAAGUAACUACGUGUGAUGGCGUAAGUACUUGGUGAGUACUCGUACACUACUCCCUAGAAAAUACAGUUGUCAUCGCUACCGCUUUUUCUUUUCCUAAUGAAAAUCAGAAUGGAAUAAUCACAGAAAUGAAACAAAAUCUAAUCGGCUCAAGACAAAACGUAUCGUGUGUUGUUGUUCUUCAUGACCCUUGCAUUUGGGUUUGACCGAGGACUAGCAGAAGGAAUACCCUAUUACAGAGUGCAGUGUCACAGAGCAAGUCAGUGGGGACAAAUACAAUAACAAGUGUCAUGUCCCCCUGUAUUUCCCCUGUCAUUUCGGAUGCAUGUAGCCUGCAUACUUGCGUAACAAAAACGUAGCACUUGUGGACUUACAUUUGUUUGAAUGUUCUGCAUCUGCACUCAGCAUCAGACAGGGUCACGCUCAGGCUCUUGGUCAGCUGUGACCUGUAAGAUUAUACAGAUCGGACAUAUGACAGCAGGUCCAAGAUUUAGUCUGGCUUUCUCCAAAUGUGGUGAUGAAAAUGAUUGAUUUGGUGGUGUAACUGUAAAGGCAUAUAUCGCCAACUGCGUAGUAAACUUGUGCGACUCAUGGCUCCGUACUGAUGUGUUUGUGAUAUGUUCUUGUUCACACAUGAACUCUGUUUGUUUCUCUCUCUCUGUCUUGUCUUCGUUGUCGUCGUCUCAUCCAUGUGGGUGAUUGUUCCUGGUGACGGUCAAUAGAGACGUUUGUGAAAGAGUUCCUUGCCAAAGCCAAAGAAGAUUUCUUACGGAAAUGGGAAUGCCCACCGCAGAGCACAACGUGCCUAGAUGACUUUGAGAGACUAAGGACUCUGGGAACGGGCUCAUUUGGCAGAGUCAUGCUGGUUAAACACAAAGGAACAGAGCAGUAUUUUGCUAUGAAAAUAUUGGACAAGCAGAAGGUGGUGAAACUUAAGCAAAUAGAACACACGUUAAACGAGAAGAGGAUAUUACAGGCCGUCAGCUUCCCCUUCCUGGUUAAACUUGAGUAUGCGUUCAAGGACAACUCCAAUUUGUACAUGGUGAUGGAGUAUGUUCCAGGAGGAGAGAUGUUCUCACACCUCAGACGGAUCGGAAGGUUCAGUGAACCUCACGCUCGCUUCUACGCCGCCCAGAUAGUGCUGACAUUUGAGUACCUUCAUUCACUAGAUCUCAUAUACAGAGAUCUGAAACCCGAAAACCUCCUCAUCGAUCACCAUGGAUACAUCCAGGUGACAGAUUUUGGAUUUGCCAAGAGGGUGAAGGGCCGGACCUGGACGUUGUGUGGCACACCAGAAUACCUGGCUCCUGAAAUCAUCCUCAGCAAAGGCUAUAACAAGGCUGUGGACUGGUGGGCUCUGGGCGUCCUCAUCUAUGAAAUGGCGGCUGGUUACCCUCCUUUCUUUGCAGACCAGCCUAUCCAGAUCUACGAGAAGAUUGUGUCCGGAAAGGUGAGAUUUCCAUCCCACUUCAGCUCCGACUUGAAGGACUUGUUGAGAAACCUGCUGCAGGUGGAUCUGACCAAACGCUAUGGGAAUUUGAAGAAUGGCGUCAACGACAUCAAGGGGCACAAGUGGUUCGCAACUACGGACUGGAUCGCCAUCUACGAGAGGAAGGUGGAAGCUCCGUUCAUACCAAAGUGCAGAGGCCCGGGUGACACCAGCAACUUCGACGACUACGAGGAAGAGGAGAUCCGUGUUUCGCUAACGGAGAAAUGUGCAAAGGAGUUUGCCGAAUUUUAGCUGAGCAAGGGAGAGAUCCAUCAGGGAACUAACCGGGAUCUUUGCACUCGAAAGACUUGGGAUGGAGCUGAGACCAGAUCAGAUCGACGUCUCUUCAUUCCGCCCAGCUGAGUGAGAUUUGCCAUGAUCCUUUGGUGCCGAUCACCUGUCACCGUCACACACUCACACACCUGCAUAUUAAAGCACCACUCUUUUGUUCUUGUUUUUCAUUUAACCCACCUUUUUUAACGCCCCAACUCUUAGUUAUUAAGGUUGUAACGCCCCCUUCAAAUGUGAUUUUUAACUGGUGAGGAGACAAAGGCCAAUGAUCACACACACACACACACACAAGCCGAGGUUUGCUGACACAAUGGGGUCGAUGGGGUGUGUAUUCCAUGGUCUGUUACAGCCUGGUGUUCCGGCGGCAAGUGUGACGUUUGGCCCGCUUCAGGCGUAGUGUUUGUCCUUUGGUGCAUAUCUGUUGGUUUCUGUAAGAACUCACCGAGUGUUGACACCUGACCAAACGGUGAAGAUGGGCUGGGCCAGCUGAAGUCGGCCUGGUUAGACAGUGAAGACGCGCGUUCCGCCUGCUGUCGUUUCCUUGUCUGAGCGCCAUGCUACAUGCUGGUGGAACAGUGUGGCACCAGAGUUGGAACUGAAUCCCAUUUUAGGAUUAAGGAAGGAGGCUUAAUGAUGUUGAAGCAACAUUGAAUGCAAAAAAGUGUUUAAAUUCAGAUUACAGAAGAGUACGCCGUUUCUUUUCUUAAAGAAUGUCUUUUAGAUUUCCUCAUGGCACUGGUGAGACUGCAGAGCGCCCUUUGUAUCACAUGUAACCCUGUAUUGUUACGCUCAUGACAUGAUAUGCAUCCUUUCAUAUGUUUUUAUUUAUACACAUUAGAGAUGCUAAUAAAUUUUAUUUUUACGAGUGUUGA